GUUAUGCAAACAUAGAUACCUCACAAAAGUAAGAAAUUUCAGAAACUUUUCUAAAUUUGCUUUGCAAUCUCAGGUUGAUAAGGAUCAAGAUUUCCAAUUCAAUGAUAAAUCUAUGCGAAAAUUGGUGCUCGAUCUCAAAAACAAAACAAAUGAAAUUGAGAAAGGAAAUGAAAAAUUGAAACUUUAUCAUAAAUCUAAAGGUAAAUUGUUAGUUAGAGAAAGAAUUGACUACCUGCUAGAUGAUGGAUCACCAUUCUUGGAAACUUCUCAACUAGCAGCAUUUGGCAUGUAUGAUGACAGUAUUAAUUCUGCUGGAAUAGUUACUGGAAUUGGGGCUAUAUCAGGAAUUAAAUGCAUGAUAAUAGCCAAUGAUGCAACUGUAAAGGGUGGCACUUAUUAUCCUAUGACUGUAAAGAAACAUUUAAGGGCUCAAGAAAUUGCUUGGCAAAAUAUGUUACCCUGCAUAUAUUUAGUUGACUCAGGUGGGGCCAAUCUACCCCGACAAGCCGAAGUUUUUCCUGACAAAGAACAUUUCGGAAGAAUAUUUUACAAUCAAGCCAAUAUGUCGUCUCUCAAAAUACCCCAAAUAGCAAUCGUGAUGGGAAGUUGUACCGCUGGAGGCGCCUACGUGCCAGCCAUGGCCGACCAAAACGUUAUAGUCAAACAGCAAGCCACUAUUUUCCUUGGGGGUCCUCCCUUGGUGAAAGCGGCAACCGGUGAAGAGAUAUCGGCCGAACAAUUAGGGGGCGCGGAUUUGCACUGCAAGACAUCUGGAGUUUGCGAUUAUUACGCGGAAAACGAUUUCCAUGCUUUGAGCCUAUGUAAGGACAUUGUUAAGGACUUAAAUUACCAGACCGACAAAGGCCUUGCUCAGGAUUACGAGGAACCCUUAUACGACCCAGAAGAAAUUUACGGAAUAGUGGGGUCCAACUUGAAAAGGGCCUACGAUGUUAGAGAGCUGAUUAUGAGGAUAGUUGACGGAAGCGAAUUCCGCGAAUUCAAAGCCUUAUACGGGGAUACCAUCGUAACGGGAUAUAGCAAGAUUCACGGCAUCCAAGUCGGCAUUAUAGGCAAUAAUGGAGUCUUAUUUUCCGAAUCUGCCCUAAAGGCUACUCAUUUCAUUCAGCUUUGUUGCCAGAGAAAAAUACCGCUCAUCUUCCUGCAAAAUAUAACUGGUUUUAUGGUAGGCCAAAGAGCCGAAAGCGAAGGAAUAGCUAAGCACGGGGCCAAAAUGGUGAACGCGGUUGCUUGCGCCACUGUCCCCAAAAUAACCUGCAUAGUUGGUGGGUCUUACGGGGCCGGAAAUUAUGGGAUGUGCGGGCGAGCUUUCAAUCCUCGCUUUUUGUUCUCCUGGCCCAAUAGUCGCAUAUCGGUGAUGGGUGGGGAGCAAGCGGCCAAUGUUCUCGAACAAAUAGCUGCCGAUAAAGUGGCUCGCAACGAAGGACGGAAAGCGUUGAGCGCCGAAGAAAGUGGGAAGAUUAAAAAUCCCAUCUUGGAACAGUUCGAGUUUGAGGGCAGCCCUUAUUAUUCUACAGCCAGGUUAUGGGAUGACGGGAUUAUAGAUCCUCUAGACACGCGGAAGGUGUUAGCUUUAAGUCUUUCAGUUUGUCUCAACGCCCCUAUCGAACAUCACGUCAAAUAUGGCAUAUUUAGGAUGUGAAAACAAAUGGCGAUUUAAUAACAUCACUUCAAUUUUAUAUUUUCAGUGAUCUUCGUUUAUUAUAGUAUAUAUUUGUUUUCUACAUUUUAUAUUUUAAAUAAUCAUAUAAAAUAAAAAAAUUAUUUAAGCUCCAA